AUGGCACGAGAAGAUGAAGAACAAUAUUGUGGAGGUUAUUGGGAUAUGGCAGAUGAUUUAGCAGAGGAAUUUGAUGCUCAAGAAGUUGUACCAAAUUUAUACAUUGGUUCUAUUAGUGCGGCAAAUUCAGUAUCACAAUUAAAGGACCAUAAUAUCACCCAUAUUCUCUCUAUUUCUACUAACCCACCCCAAGUUAAGGAUGAAUUUCAAACACUUUGUAUUCAUAUCGAGGAUGAGGCCAAAAAGGACAUCUCUAGUUAUUUUCAGCAAUGUCAUGGUUUUAUUGAAAAUGGUAGAAAGCUAGGAGGUAUUUUAAUUCAUUGUACCGCAGGUGUUAGCAGAUCAGCCACAGUUGUAAUUAGCUAUUUAAUGUCAAUUUUCUUCAAACCAUUUUUAGAUUGCUUCCAAUACCUCAGAAAAAUUAGACCAUGCAUCCAACCAAACCAUGGUUUUAUUAAUCAACUCAUAAGCUACGAAACCCAACUCUUAAAAAAUUCAAUACAAAUUUGUAACACUACCCCCAUAGCUUCAGCUGCCAAUAAUAAUUGUAAUAUAGAAAAUGAAAAAUCACUUUAG